CCUUGAUAAUGAAUGUUGCUUUAUGUUGUCUAACCUACAGGAGGCCAUGACACCUUGAUAAUGAAUGUUGCUUUAUGUUGUCUAAACCACAGGAGGCCAUGACACCUUGAUAAUGAAUGUUGCUUUAUGUUGUCUAAACCACAGGAGGCGAUGAGCCGGCAUGUGGCGUCCACGUCCACGGUGCACAUCCACGUGCUGUCGGUGCACCGUCAGUGUCGGCAGCAAGGUAAAGGCUCCAUCCUGCUGUGGCGCUACCUGCAGUACCUGCGCUGCAUGGCCACGCCCCGCAGGGCUCUGCUCAUCUGCGAGGACUACCUGGUGCCCUUCUACCUCAAAGCUGGCUUCAAGGAGAAAGGCCCGUCGGCCAUCAGCGUCUCCAACAUGCGCUUCCAGGAGAUGGAGUACCUGCUGGCGGGGCAGGCCUACGCCCGGCGGAACAGCGGCUGCUAGUGCUAGCAAACACCUCCAUGUGGACGUGAUCAUCCAUCUUUGCUCACCUGGCUGACAUUGACAACACCUGAGGCUCUUGUGAGGGGACAUGAUCAUCCAUCUUUGCUCACCUGGCUGACAUUGACAACACCUGAGGGUCUUGUGAGGGGACAUGAUCAUCCAUCUUUGCUCACCUGGCUGACAUUGACAACACCUGAGGCUCCUGUGAGGGGACAUGAUCAUCCAUCUUUGCUCACCUGGCUGACAUUGACAACACCUGAGGCUCUUAUGAGGGGACAUGAUCAUCCAUCUUUGCUCACCUGACUGACAUUGACAACACCUGAGGGUCUUGUGAGGGGACAUGAUCAUCCAUCUUUGCUCACCUGGCUGACAUUGACAACACCUGAGGGUCUUGUGAGGGGACAUGAUCAUCCAUCUUUGCUCACCUGGCUGACAUUGACAACACCUGAGGGUCUUGUGAGGGGACAUGAUCAUCCAUCUUUGCUCACCUGGCUGACAUUGACAACACCUGAGGGUCUUGUGAGGGGACAUGAUCAUCCAUCUUUGCUCACCUGGCUGACAUUGACAACACCUGAGGGUCUUGUGAGGGGACAUGAUCAUCCAUCUUUGCUCACCUGGCUGACAUUGACAACACCUGAGGCUCCUGUGAGGGGACAUGAUCAUCCAUCUUUGCUCACCUGGCUGACAUUGACAACACCUGAGGCUCUUAUGAGGGGACAUGAUCAUCCAUCUUUGCUCACCUGACUGACAUUGACAACACCUGAGGGUCUUGUGAGGGGACAUGAUCAUCCAUCUUUGCUCACCUGGCUGACAUUGACAACACCUGAGGGUCUUGUGAGGGGACAUGAUCAUCCAUCUUUGCUCACCUGGCUGACAUUGACAACACCUGAGGGUCUUGUGAGGGGACAUGAUCAUCCAUCUUUGCUCACCUGGCUGACAUUGACAACACCUGAGGGUCUUGUGAGGGGACAUGAUCAUCCAUCUUUGCUCACCUGGCUGACAUUGACAACACCUGAGGCUCUUGUGAGGGGACAUGAUCAUCCAUCUUUGCUCACCUGGCUGACAUUGACAACACCUGAGGUGACGCCCGCUGCUGCCACAUCAUCAUCAAGAACAAAUGGCGGGCAGGAAGGCCACAAACACUUUUUAUUUCAACAGACUCUUGCAAAACUGUAAAGACCCACCGCACACUUCCUGUCUUCACAAUAAAAGCGCUUCUUCAUCCUAACAAAAUAAGAGUCUCAGAAAGUUGGCCAGCUUUGGAGUUUGUAAAGUGCAUAAAAAGAAGGAUGGAAGCUGGACUAACUUUCAUGUGCUAUUGGACAGAAAGGAGGACUUUUUUUUUCUCCUCCAUUUAAAAAUGUGGAGGUUCUGAUCACUAAUGUCUGAUUCCAGCAAUGCAGGUCAUCUACUUAUUAUGUUCUUGUCUUCACAAAAUGCAGGUCAUCUACUUAUUAUGUUCUUGUCUUCACAAAAGUCUCUUAAACAUGCUUGGAUUAGCAUUAAACACAUUUACCUUCUUAACCUCUCUUUCAUAACUAAGUCACUAUGAAUGUAAUACAAACCCUGUUUCCAUAUGAGUUGGGAAAUUGUGUUAGAUGUAAAUAUAAACAGAAUACAAUGAUUUGCAAAUCCUUUUCAAGCCAUAUUCAGUUGAAUAUGCUACAAAGACAACAUAUUUCAUGUUCAAACUGAUAAACGUUACUAUUAUUUUUUGCAAAUAAUAAUUAACUUAGAAUUUCAUGGCUGCAACACGUGCCAAAGUAGUUGGGAAAGGGCAUGUUCACCACUGUGUUACAUCACCUUUUCUUUUAACAACACUCAAUAAACGUUUGGGAACUGAGGAAACUAAUUGUUGAAGCUUUGAAAGUGGAAUUCUUUCCCAUUCUUGUUUUAUGUAGAGCUUCAGUCCUUCAACAGUCCGGGGUCUCCACUGUCCUAUUUUACGCUUCAUAAUGCACCACACAUUUUCCAUGGGAGACAGGUCUGGACUGCAGGCAGGCCAGGAAAGUACCCGCACUCUUUUACUUGCUGAAAUAAGCAGGGGCGUCCAUGAUAACUUUGCUUGGGUGACAACAUAUGUUGUACCAAA